UUAUGCAAACCAAAACAGAACCUCUGCGGAUCGGUCGGAAUUUUCGUCCGCACUCCUUUCUUGUUCGAUUAAGUUAGUUUUAAGUGAGGAUAUAUCGGCAGGAAUGUUCCGAUUGGUGAGAUACACGACGACACCGGGAUUAAACCGAGCACGGUUACACCUUCCGCCGGAAUCGGAUGGUCUUCCCCCAAACCCCAAACUGGAUCCGGUGGUUUCAAAGCGUAUUGAGGAUGACAAACAGCGGCUCAAGUGGCGGACGCCGUACUCGGAACGACCGGAUAGCUUCUACAGUGCGUUCAAACUGUUCGCUUCACACAACCGGAACUCGGAGCUGGUGGAAAAGAUGCAGCAACCGAUCAACCUGGCUCCGUCCGCUAUUUUCGAAUGGUGGCAAAAGCGGAAGGCGACCGUGGAGGCACACAUGCAAAAGUUCAUCCCCGAGCGGCACGCCGCGCUGGGCGAUGAUCUGGCCACGGCACAUUUCAUUGUCCAUCGAGGUGGUUCGGUCAGAUUCCGCGGCCAGAACAAAUGGAUUCAGAAGGACGAGGACGAUGAGUACGAUCUGCCACGAAAAUUCGUACAGGGAAUGGUGCUCGAGGAGGUCCGCUGCGAUGGGAUGCUACUGUUCUACGAGGGAAUGGAAAACAUACAGAAACUGCUACACCUGAAGCACCUUUCGUUUGAGAAUGUGGCCCUGUUCGAUGAUUGGUAUAUGGAUCGAAUUUCCGGCAACAUGCUACUCUCGUUGGAGAAGAUCAAUCUACGCGGGACGGCCGUCACGCACCGAGGGGUGAACUGUUUGUACCGCUUGCCGAACCUGAAACUGGUGUUGGUGGAUAAUCCGGAAAAGGACAUAAUGUGGAAGCUGACGGUGGCCGAGCUCGAAGACUGGAAUCCGGAAAUACGCAUUGUAUCGAGCGAAUGAACAAGAGUUGUGUGAAUAAGAAAAAUAGAGUUCCAAUAAAUUAUUUCUACAAUCGCUGGCCACCAAA